UCUGACCUUGGUGCAUGAAUUUAGUAUCAUACAUCACCAUUUAGGUAAAAUCAAAUUCAAUGGCUAGCACCAAUCCCAUCAAUAGCCACACCAACCAAGAACAAUCUACUUGGUACAUAGUUCUAAGACUUACCUUUGACACUUCUCAGAUUGUUUCCAGGUUCCAACUAACCAUGCAUGAUGGGGUUCAUAUCACACUUGAACAAUUACCUGAUUCAGAUACAGAACUCAUUCCUCUCCAUGCUAGGCUCAACGAGAACUGGACUCAAAGAGAGUAUGAACUGAUACGUGAACCAUACACACAACUGAUUCCUCGUGGAACUUGGCAUAACGAGUCUAGGACCCAGACAAACCAUGAGAUUCCUGAACACGUUCAGAACCAGGUUGAUGAGUUCUUUCGGCUACUACCACCAUCAACCUCACCUACACCUUAUCCCGUCUUCUGGACUCAGAACGUUCUGGUGGGUCGAAACAACUCUAGGCCUACCAGUGCUAACCAGACACUGCAAAUGCUCCCACCUUUCCCAAUGAAUGUUAGAAAUGAAGAACCUAGCAGUCGCACCUAUGAGUCUCAAAUUCAAAUGGGUGCUGCAACUGCAAGCCCUUCCAUGAAUGCCAAUGCCAAUGCUGAUGAAGAAAUUGAUUUGGAGUUGCGCUUGGGUCGAAGCCAAUGAGACUGAAAUAUUUGUACCAUGCUUUUGAGGACGAAUGCAGCGAGGUGUUCUUGUAUUACCAUUAUGUAUGGCUUAGUAGUAACUUUUUUUCGUUGGUUUUAGUGCUUUUGUAGUUUACUUAUGUUUUAUCAAGGUUUGCUUUUCUAGUUUAUUUAUGUUUAUCAAGGUUUUGUAGGCAUUGCCUUGCAAAUGUAUCUUUCUUUUCAUGUAACAAA